UAUGUGAAAAAAAUAAAAACAAACUGACAUUAGCUGAUUUAAAUAAUAUUUCUAGCAUAAAUAUUAUUUCCUAUUAGGCAAUGCUCCUUUUGAGACUUGGAAGUGUUAAUAAAUUAAUAAUACCUAGGAUGUACCUACCUUGAUGAAGAGAAAUAUGUUUAAGUACCAAAUCAAAUCACUUAUAUUACUUUUUCUUGGAAAAUAUGCACUAUGUAUCUCUGAUAUGACUGAAAGUUCAUUUGGAAAAUAUAACGAGGGUCUUAUAGCUGCAUUUGGCGACUUUAAUUCUGAUGAACUUACUGAUGCCUUUAUAAUAAACGGGACUAGUAUAGAAGUGCUUUUGGCACAUGAUAAAGAACCAUUUUUACGUCCUUCUUCUUAUAUCUGCAAUUUUAGUAAUGUUUUAAUCACAAGCAUAGUACCAGGUGACUUUGAUGGAGAUGCCUACAUGGACAUUCUUUUUACUACUCAACUUCAAAAUGAAACAUCCUCCCUACAUGAGGUGAGAAUAUUAUGGGGUGGUAUGCCUGACCUUAAUUGCACAGAUGCUUUUUUAAUAAAAGCUAUAACAUUAGGCCAACCACUAGUUAUGGAUUAUAACCGUGAUAUGAUAUUAGAUCUUUUUGGAAUAAAUUCCCAGAAUCAAAGAGUUUUUUGGGUCUUUGAUAAUUCAAGAUCAACACCCCUAGAGAUAUUGAUGAAUGGUGGAAAUAAUAAAGAAAUAAAAUUACCACACUCACACUCCUUCUUAGAUGUCAAUGAUGAUAAUGCUGCUGAUUUAUUAGUAACUACAAAGCUUGAUGUAGAAGUUUGGUUGAAUGAAGAGCCUAGUGGAUUUAAAUUCAAUAAUAGCAUAGAGCUCCUUGUUGGAUUUGCGACUAUAUAUGGUCAAGUAUUAUUUAUUGAUGUGGCACUUUCUGGGGAGUUCUUUUUAGUUGUACCUGUUUGUUAUGACCUUGGUUGUAUAAACAGUACAAUUCUUAUAUAUGACAACAAGCAAUGGCAUGAUUUGCAAGUGGACUUUAAUGAUGGAAAAGGCACAAUGUGGCAUUUCAUUCCACCUCGAGAUGAGCCUUACCUAGAUACAAUAACAAUGCGAAGUGGCGAUUACAAUAUGGAUGGUUACCCUGACAUUCUAAUGACUCUCAGCCCUUCAAAUAAUAAUAAUGAGACAAGAGUUUUCUUAAUGCAUAAUGUCCCAUGCAAUCUACCGGGAUGCAAAUUUCACAGAACUUUUGAAAUUCAAUGGGAAAAAUUUAACUCUUUUGGUAACAAUGUUGUUAUGGCAACUUUUUAUGAUUUCUACAUGGACGGAGUGUUGGAUGUUAUUUAUGUUCAAAAGAACAUGACGACAAACAAAUAUGUUAUGAAAGCUUUUCGGAAUGAAUUAGAAUAUGAUACAAACUUUAUUAAAGUUAUUGUUGUUACUGGACUAAGUAAUAAAAAGGUGCCUACAAUCAAUGGUACAUUAUACACUCGAAAAGUUACUUUUGGAACUAAUUUACCUGGCCCAAAGAUUGGAUAUAACACCUGGUCUCAAGAAGGUACUUAUAGAACUGGAGUUUGUGCUCAACUUCCACAAUCAGCAUACUAUGCUUUACAAUUACCCUAUUCUAUAUUUGGUCUGGACCGUACUCCUAACUUUGUGGAUACACUUACUGUAGGACUUUCUGGGUACUCUAAAAGCUGGACACAAAUCAUUCCUAAUUCUCAAAUUGUAUUAAUUCCUGCACCACCCAAUGAUCCUUCCCAGUGGAGAGCUCAGUUAUUUGUUACUCCCAGCAAAGUUAUUCUUAAAAGUGUCUUCGUUUUAACGGCUAUCAUUAUUGUUAUUAUUGGAUGUGUUCUGUAUUUGCAUUGGAAAGAAAGAAAUGAUAGGCAAGAUAUUAUAGAAAUUGAUGAGAAAACAUAUGUUAAAUUAUAGGUUUAUUCAUUAUCUAUAAGUAAAAAUAAUUUUAGUUUGGAAUCUGUGAUUGAAAAAAUUACUUGUUUAAUCCUAGGAAUAUAAGCAAAGUAUUUCAUUAUUGUUAUCAACUAAUACAUACAUUAUAUUAUACUCACUAAAACUUUUCACACUCUUUGGUAAAUUAGAACUAUAUUUUGUUGAAAUUGGUGUUUGAAAUGUAUAUAGAUUAUUUUUCAUUGAUUAUUUCAAUAAUUUUCACGACUGAAGUCAAAUGACUAUUAUGUGGUGAAAAUAUAUAAAAUCUUGAUGGUUAUCAGUUUUAAAUUCAAACUGAUUUACUUUUAUAGCUUUAUAUUGAAUGUUUGUUCGUAGUGUGGUAUGUUCAUAUGUUUAAUAUAAUUUUGUAUUGUAAUUAAACUAGAAUAAAGACUGUUUUUCACAUAUUUGUUGAAAUAAAAACGAAAAAUGAA